UUUAAUCUCAUGUUUUAGCUUAGCCCAUGAAGUAAGCUAGUUAGCUAAUGCUAGCAAGGAUAACUACAUUAGUGUUAGCUGCGCUAGUUUGUCCUGUUGACAAGUGGAUUCGUGUGUUGAAGCUGCAACUUGGCUGUUGUUCAUGAUAUUAACUUAUAGGCAUGCAUUGCAUUAAAAUAACGCUUGAUAUCUUCACCCCGUUAUAAUGUUCAGAAUUGCUAACACAGCUUAACAGCAUGAAAAAUAUUGCUAAUUUGUUUAGUCUACUAUCUAGUUUAGAUAUGUAGCUAUCUAAUGUGCUAACUGUGCAGUUGUUUUAAAUGUUAUUUUUUUAUUCAGUGUCGAAUAGGGACCGGUUGUCAGUGUGAGAGCCUUGUGCUACAGGUCCAUGAAGAAGAACGAGUCACCACACAGUUUACGAGUAGGGAGGAGGAAGUGUAGGGCUAAAGCAGGGGUUUCAGAUUUCAGUCCUGUGUCCACAGCACUGCAAAGUUUAGCAUUAAAUUAUUUUUAAUUUUAUAUAACUGUAUCGUUCUGAAAUUGGAAUAACAUUGAGCUGUUGGUAUCCUGGAGCUGAGUUUGAAACUCUGUGGCAGUGUUUCUCAGUCCUGUUUCUAACUGCUCCACACAGUUUUAAAUAUUCUAUGAUUCAACAUACCAAGUAUUGAAUGUACAUGAUCUAGCUCCAACUGCUUAUCAAACCAACUGUUUAUUAAGUUAUUAGUGAAGUGGAUAAUGUGUGUUGAGCUAUGUGAAUUACCACAAUGAAUGAAGGAAUGAAUAUUGGUAUCUGGAGUCCCCAGAGUCAGUCACAUGAACGCCAUACUUUACAGUUUUUUGUGUUCCUCCAAUAUGACAUUUUUUUACUUAGUUAAUGAGCUGAAUCUGGUAUAAUAAAUGAGGAAAAGCACUAAAAUAUGCAUGACAUGGGGUCUCAGUGACUGGGUUGGAGUCUCUGUUUGCCGUUAAGUUCAGAUGUUCACUGUUUUUGACUAACAAGACUAACAAAAGUUAAGGGGUUUGUUGACAGGAUAGACAGAUACAUGUCUCAGGAUUAUGUAUAACUUGAGGAUUAUUUUAAUGUCAGUGACAAAGCCUAUCCAUGUUCUGUAUGCAAAAUCUAUUGUCAUAAAAUAAGCAAGCGGGUCCAGGUUCCAUUCUUGGGGUUCUUAUGCCAUGCACAUUUUUUUUCUCCAUUUUAAAACACUUUUUUUUACUCAGCCCCACCCACAAUGAUCUUAAUUUGCUAAAUAGGUCAAUCAGGUUUUAGAAAAGGUAAAACACAAUGUGUGAUAUGGGAUCCCCAGGACUGGUAUACGGAACCCCUGAAUUAAACAAAGUCAUUAAAAAAUUUGCUUACCCUCUUACAGAUUGGACUUUCUGAUUCAUCUCCUGUUGUGCUGACACACAUGCUGUUCAUGUGUCGCAGGCACUGCCCUAUGCAACCAUAUAGUGGCUUUGCUUUUUCAAACUGCACAUUUUUCUCAGCUCAGUGUGCCAGUCGUUCCCCCUGUGCACAGCUGUACUGAAACUGAACAGCGCUGGCACAAAUCUCGGACAAUCGGUGUAAAGCCAGGACCAAUCAACAACAUGGUGAUCACAAAACCUGUGCCAAAUCGAACAUCUCAAGGUGGAGUUAGGAGUGGACUCUACAGGGGCAUGGUGGGCCCUUUACCGGAUCCAUGGAUGUUUAGAGUGACAGAGGCCUAUGAAAAAUUCAGCCUUGAAGACAAACCACUGGUGACCACUAUGGGCAUGGCACCCCACAAGCCAGCUGUGAAGUGUGCAUUUGGUAUGGUGCAGGAAGGCAGUGUUCUGUCAUAUCAGCAGCCUGUUUUACCAUCACGACACAUCACUCUCCACCCUCAUGUGCCAUCAACCCCACUUCUUCCUCUAAAAGACCACCACCUUGAUGCACCCACCUGUGCUUUUGUGUGCACUGAACAGGAACUCUUUCACCUGAAGUCUUUGGAGGUGUCACUUGAUAUGGCUCACAAAAUUGAGAUGUCAACUCGGGAGCAGAGUUCUUGUGCUGACUGGCAUCUGCUCCGCAAGCCUAGAGUAACAGCGUCACGUUUUCGUGAGGUGUGCCAUGUCAGAGGGCAUAGCUCUGCAGAGUCCCUUGCUGAACGCAUCAUCAGAGGUACCAGACAGACGGCAGAAAUGAAGAGGUCUAGAGAUGGAGUCCGGAGCAGCAUCUGAGUAUUGCAGGAUACUCAAUGUAAAUUACACACCAUGUGGCCUCAUCAUCCACCCAGAUGCUCCCUGGCUUGGUGCAUCCCCUGAUGGUGUCGUAUUUGACCCCACUGAAUACCCCCAGUUUGGCUUGGUCGAGAUUAAAUGCCCUAAUGUGAAGAAUUACAUUGACUGUAAGUAUCUGUAUAUGGAGUACGCAUGUUCAAAACUAAAAAAGACACAUGCGUAUUACUGGCAGAUUCAAGGUCAGUUACUAAUCAGCGGGCUUCACUGGUGUGAUUUUGUGGUGUGGGCUCAGGAGGAUUUUUUUUGUGGAGCGGGUUUAUAUGGAUGCAGAUGUACAGAGACAAAUUCGUGAGAAGACAUUUAUUUUACUUCUACACAUAUAUGACAAAAUAUCUGUCAUUGAAAUGUUAACAUGUUCUAUACAGAAAUUACAAUCUUUUUUAAAUCAUAUGUUCACUUAUUUAACAGUAUUUGUGCUUUUGUUAAACAGCACAUUGUGUUUUUAAUGUAAAGAACCUGGAAAUAUGUUUAUGAGAAUUAUUUACAGUACAAAUGUAAAUGUUACAAAUUAUUCAUAUGUAAUUAAUUAUUGUUUGAUUAAUUAAAAUAAGAGCUUUAUUUAA